GCGCCAUAUGUCAAGCGCGAGCUGCCAAAUCGUGUAGCGUUCAUUUGUGGAAACAGAAAAGCUGUGCAUCUUCCCCGAUCUCCGUUGUAAAAAUCUACGAAAUCGCAAAAAAAUGUCUCACGGACGCAACGAGUGCCGAAUCUAUGUCGGUAAUCUGCCGCCAGACAUCAGAACCAAGGAUAUUCAAGAUCUGUUCCACAAAUUUGGCAAAGUGACGUUCGUCGAUCUGAAAAACCGCCGCGGUCCGCCAUUUGCUUUUGUCGAGUUUGAGGAUGCACGUGACGCUGACGAUGCGGUAAAAGCUCGCGACGGAUAUGACUACGAUGGGUACCGAUUGCGGGUAGAGUUCCCACGAGGCGGUGGUCCCGGUAGCUACCGCGGCAGCCGCCAAGGGAACAGCGACCGUAACAGUAGGGGUGGUGAUCGUAACAACCGGGGACCACCGGCCCGUAGGUCACAGUUCCGGGUGAUGGUGACCGGAUUACCAUCAUCUGGUUCGUGGCAGGAUCUGAAGGAUCAUAUGCGUGAGGCCGGCGAUGUGUGCUUUGCCGAUGUUUACAAGGAUGGCACGGGAGUGGUGGAGUUCCUGCGUCAUGAAGACAUGAAGUACGCGAUAAAGAAACUUGACGAUUCCCGGUUUCGCUCACACGAGGGCGAAGUUGCCUACAUUCAUGUACGUGAAGAUUCCGGAAAUGACGAUUCCGGCAAGCGUGAUUACCGGGAUAGAUCCUACUCACCCCGCCGACGUAGAGGUUCGCCAACUUACUCGCCGGUACAACGGAGCGUUUCCCGAUCCCGUUCACGCUCGUACAAUUGAACCAGGUGAAUGGCGGGGUUAUGUUCCGAAGAUGACUAAAGUAAUUUAAACGCUAAAUCUACUUCUAUCUUCAGUUUUACGUAAAUGAACACACAGUACCGCCACACAAAAAGAGAGAGAGAGGGAAUGAGUUCGGUCUUUCUGGCGGGAGAGUGAUUGGCCAUUUUUCUGCUUUUUUUAAGUCUAACAUACAGUUUGCAUCGUGUUUGGUUUAAAGCGACAACCUCUGGACUCUUCCGGUAGUGUGCAUUUUAGGAUUUAUAGUUUCACGUGUGACGGUUUGCUAUCACAAUCAGUAGUGUUUAAGAGCAUUUGUUUGUCGGUAUCUGCGAUCGGUUAGAUCUUUUGGCAGGUUUUUGGGCUAAAGGAAAAUAAUUUCAGUUGCUUCUUAAAUGCCGAAAACACAGUACCCACAGUAAGCAAUAAUCCAGUACAUUUAAAAACAAGACAGCGCAUGUCCGCAUAUGAUAGGAUGCAAAAGCAAACUUCCUUCUAGCAAGGAAAAUAAAACUCUGCCUAGGAACACGUAAGCAUGGUUAAAAAAAUAAUCAGGGAAAUCGUAAUGACCAUUAGCACGCAACCUUGUGUGCACCAUUCUAAAGGCAAUAUUGUUCGUGUGUUUGUGUAUGUAUGUAUGUGGAAAUAUUUUAGUGCGUGUAAUAACUAUUAUUCCGAGCCCCUUACUACCCCCAACCCCCCAACCCCCCCCCCCACUACUGCGCACCAAAAUCUAUUCAGAUGAACGUUCACAUUCAAAAGUAAGGCAAGCAACGUCGUUCACCAUAUUACAAUAGUUAAGGGUGCUGGUGAGGAUUGAUUGUGCUAUAUUUUAUGCAUCAGGAAAAAAACAUGUAUGUGGCAAUGUUCGGUCGGUAAAGCAGAUAGUAGCCAUGGUAAAAGAAAACGACGGCAUUUAUCUUCUUUCCCCCCGACCAGUAGCCAAAAACGAUUAAAACCCAAUAAGCUAAGAAAAGA